CAGGCUCCGUAUAUAGCAGUUAUUUUAUACAGCUGAAGCUGCUUACCCCUUAUGCAAAUUAUGCCCUGAAGCACAGCAUCGUAUUAAUCCCUCUCUGGAUUGAAAAUGCUUUGCUUCUUCUAAUUGCCCCUGUUACUGCUGGUGCCUGCCGUUACUUGGCUGAUUUGCGUAAGCUAAUAAGCUCCGACUAAAUCAAGAAGUUCGGGCUCAGAGUGGGAAUGGGCAGCGCCGGGGAGCUGGUUAUUGCGGAAAAGGGUAGAUAGGGACAGUUUAUGGAGCAGAAAGUAAUCCUUCCCUCCACCCACGCGCAACAUAGUCCAGCUCUUCUCAACCUCCACUCCACCCCUUCAGCACCGUGAUGCUGUCCCUGUGUUGGCGGAGGUCCUGUGAGUUUGGGAAGAAGUGCUUAGACUUCUUUCUGCCCUAGGAGAGAGUGCCAUCUUUAUAAAGAAGUAGAAGAGGUGGAGAGUUGGAGAAUUGUUCUUUAAGAGUCAUUACGGGUGGAGCUCAAAGUGGGAGGAGAAAGGGGGGUGGGGGGGGGGGAUCAGACAAAAUGAGCAGCCUCCUCUCCCCGGCUGCUCUGCACGUGCCUUUUUGAAGGAGACGGAUAAGGCGGUAGUGGUUGGUCUGCGUCUUCCAGUGGUUUAGACACGGUGGAAGACAGCCUGAAGAAAAAGUUGAGAAGGGGCGCAGCAGGCGCGCACGGAGGAGCAUGUUCUCCAUGAAACAGUUCUCUGCCCUGCCUCCAGAAGAGCGCUACCGUCAAGUCCUGGCCCAGCCUGAGAGGGUCUUGGUAGCUGAUGAAGGUAGCAUGGGGGGCAGCUGUUCACAGAAGCUGGCAUCAGCCAAAUACCUUCGUCUUUUGUUGCUGAUCUUAAUUCCGUGUAUCUGUGCUCUCAUCCUCCUAUUGGUGAUUCUGCUUACUUUUGUAGGUUCACUAGAAAAAAAAGAUUUUAGUUCGAAUGGUAGUGAUUUGCUUGUCACUGAUGAUGGCAUCCAAAAAGCAGAUGUUCUUCCUACUACUAUGAUUCAUAAUAUUUCUGCUGUGAUGUCUACAGUGAAUCCUAGCCAGCAGACUCCAGCCUCCUGGACCUUAUAUCCUUCUCAAGGAGACCAAAUGAACAAAAACAUAAGCAAAUCAGAAGAUUCAACAUUUGAGAAACCUUUUACUUCUGUCCAACCUACUGAUGAUAAAUCACAGUCACUUACUAGUACAACAGAAGAAUCUGUUUGGCCAGUCCAAUCAUCCAGCAAGUUACCAGAUUGGACUCCUUCAACAUUAAGUCCAUCCAGGUCAACUGUUGUUUCAGAAAUGGAUAUGAAGAAAGGUGCCUGUGUAAAUAUUGUCAACAGCCAGUGUCAAAUGCUGCCUUAUAACCACACCACUCUUACAUCCAUUCUUUCCAUUGUGAAAAGAAUCGAAAUGGAAAAGUUCCUCAAGUUCUUCAGUUAUCUUAACCGCCUCAAUUGCUAUCAGCACAUCAUGCUGUUUGGCUGUAGCAUGGCUUUUCCUGAGUGCAUCAGUGAUGGCGAUGACAGUCAUGGACUCCUGCCCUGUAGGUCUUUCUGUGAAAUUGCAAAAGAAGGCUGUGAACCAGUUCUGGGGAUGGUGAAUUCUUCUUGGCCCGAGUUCCUCAAAUGCUCCCAGUUUAGAAACCACAGCGAAAGUGACAUCAGGAGGGUCUGCUUCUCCCCACAGCAGGAAAGAGGAAAACAAUUGCUGUGUGGAGGAGGUGAGAGCUUCCUGUGUGCCAGCGGAGUCUGCAUUCCCAGAAAACUGCAGUGUAACGGCUUCAACGAUUGUGACGAUUGGAGUGAUGAGCGACUCUGCAAUUGCAGUGAAGGUUUAUUUCACUGUCACACAGGAAAAUGUCUUAAUUAUAGUUUCGUUUGUGAUGGAUAUAAUGAUUGUGGAGACCUGAGUGAUGAGCAAAACUGUGACUGUAAUCCCAUGAAGGAACAUCGUUGCGGAGAUGGACGCUGUAUAACGAUGGACUGGGUGUGUGAUGGGGACCAUGACUGUCUAGAUAAGUCAGAUGAAGUCAAUUGCUCAUGUUACAGUCAGGGUCUUCUGGAAUGUGGUAAUGGACAGUGCAUCCCCAGUGUUUUCCGGUGUGAUGGUGAUGAGGACUGUAAAGAUGGAAGUGAUGAAGAGAAUUGUAGCAACACUCAGAUCACAUGUCUGGAAGGAGAUCAGAAAUGCAUCUACAAUUCCUGCUUUGAUGCAUGUGGUGGAAGCUCCCUUUGUGACUCUGACAACAAUCAGACCACCUGCAGUCAAUGUGAGCCAAUCACCCUGGAACUUUGCCUCAAUCUUCCCUAUAAUUAUACAAGUUUUCCAAACUACCUUGGCCACAGGACUCAGAAAGAAGCUUCUAUCAGCUGGGAGUCCUCCCUCUUCCCAGCCCUUGUUCAGACCAACUGUUACAAAUAUCUCAUGUUCUUUGCCUGCACCAUCUUAGUACCAAAGUGUGAUCCACAUACAAACCAGCACAUCCCACCUUGCAGGACACUGUGUGAGCAUUCCAAAGAACGCUGUGAGUCUGUGCUUGGGAUUGUGGGUCUUCAGUGGCCUGAAGACACAGAUUGUACUCAGUUUCCAGAGGAAAGUUCAGAAAAUCAAACCUGCCUGAUGCCUGAUGAAGAUGUAGAAGAGUGUUCCCCCAGUCAUUUCAAGUGUCGCUCAGGAAGGUGCAUUCUGGCAUCUAGAAGGUGUGAUGGGCAAGCUGACUGUGAAGAUGACAGCGAUGAAGAGCACUGUGGUUGUAAAGAGAGGGGUCUUUGGGAAUGUCCUGUCAGCAAAUUGUGUAUCAAACAUGAAGUGAUUUGUGAUGGGUUUCCAGACUGUCCUGAUAACAUGGAUGAAAAUAACUGUUCAUCUUGCCAAGAUGAUGAGCUGGAGUGUGCCAACCAUGAUUGUGUGUCCCGUGAUUUGUGGUGUGAUGGUGGAGUAGAUUGUUUAGACGGCUCUGAUGAAUGGGAUUGUGUGACAUUAUCUAAAGAUGCGAACUCCUCUACAUUCCUGACUGUUCAUCGAUCUGCCACUGACUACCAAGUAUGUGCUGACAACUGGCAAGAGACAUUGAGUCAACUGGCCUGCAAGCAGAUGGGUUUAGGAGAGCUAUCAGUUACAGAAAUGAUACAAGUACAGAGGCAUCCUUGGAAGUGGCUGACUCUGCGCUUGGACUGGCAGCACAUAAAUACAAGCACUCUCCAUCAGCUGCUAGUGAAAGGGCACCCUUGUCAAAGCAGAAGUCGGAUUUCUCUCUUGUGUUCUGAACAAGACUGUGGCCGUCGCCCUGCAGCUCGUAUGUAUAAGAGGAUUCUGGGUGGCAGAACAAGUCGACCUGGGAGGUGGCCAUGGCAAUGCUCCUUGCAGAGUGAACCAAGUGGGCACAUUUGUGGUUGUGUUCUGAUUGCUAAAAAGUGGGUUCUGACUGUUGCCCACUGCUUCGAGGGGAGAGAAAACGCUGCUGUGUGGAAAGUGGUGCUUGGCAUAAACAAUCUGGAUCACCCAUCGAUCUUCAUGCAGACUCGUUUAGUGAAGACUAUCAUCUUACAUCCUCGAUACAACAGAGCAGUGGUUGACUAUGACAUCAGCAUCGUGGAGCUGAAUGAAGAUAUCAAUGAGACCAGUUAUGUCCGCCCAGUCUGCUUGCCCAGCUCAGAACAGGUGGUAGAGCCUGAUACUUAUUGCUACAUCACUGGCUGGGGACACAUGGGCAACAAAAUGCCUUUUAAACUUCAAGAGGGGGAAGUCCGUAUUAUUUCUCUGGAACAAUGCCAAUCUUACUUUGAUAUGAAAACUAUUACUACCAGAAUGAUAUGUGCAGGUUACGAGUCUGGCACGGUGGACUCUUGUAUGGGAGACAGCGGUGGACCUCUCGUUUGUGAGCGUCCUGGAGGCCAGUGGACAUUGUUUGGUUUAACUUCAUGGGGAUCAGUCUGCUUUUCCAAAGUUUUGGGGCCAGGAGUUUAUAGUAAUGUUUCCCAUUUUGUUGAGUGGAUUCAACGGCAAAUAUAUAUCCAUACCUUUCUGGUCAACUGAUUCUCGUGGUAAAGAAGACUGCUUCUUUGACUGUGAAGACCUUGCUUUGAGGGGCAUUGAAGGAAGCACUUUCUAUGCAGGAGGACAGUAUGACAGUGUGGCCCAGAUGAGUAACUUUCCCCCAUCCUUGGCAGAUACUGCUGGUUCUCACCUGAAUUUGCUCCAAUUUUAUUCUUUUCUUUUUUGCUAUAUUGUGGUGUCAGUUCAGAUGCUAUCCCUAAAGGUACAGAAGCAGCCCUGCUACUUGGCCUGGCCUAUCCGUGUCUCUGCCAUUAAAUUAUCAGAACUCAGUUGACUUAAGGGAAUGAAGAUGCAUUUGGUAAGACAGGUUAGGGAACACUUUUUUUUUUUCAACACCAAUAUAAAAAUGGCAUUGCUAUAAGAAGAAAUUAGCUUUUCUGCUAGUUUCCAUUGGCCUUGCUGUAGAAUAACAACAUGGUACUACAUUAAUAUGAGGGUUUUGUUUUUUGUUUACUGAAAGCUAAAGUUAUUUAGGUUAUAUCUAUGAUUGAUUGUAUGUGAUUCUAAUAGUUUAUACUGAAUUAAUCAUGGAGGAAAAAGCUCAGUAGUAUUCACUUAGAGAGAGAAUGUGGAAAUGAUUACUUAUCUGCAUCAGCACGAGCCCCCAUUAUGACUUGGUUACUUUUAUAAGUCACAGCUCCAAAGUUUCCAAAAUCAUUUACCCUGCUUCUGGCUUGGGUUUGGUCAAAGCAGUUAGCAUUUGACCGAUUCCAGUUUUGGAAAGUGGUUUAAAAUGCAAGGUGAGGAUUUGAGGGACUAAUUUCCAAUCAUGAUAAAGCGGAGACCAAACUUUGCCAAGUAAAAGGAGAGCAGCUUGAGACCUGAGAACUGCAAUGACUUAUAGAAUUAAUUUUUUCCCCCUAAGUGGAACCAAACUUCUAUUUUUUUUUUUAAUAUUUACAGGUUCUUUCUUAUUAACACCUUUCUAAUGGAAGGAAUGAAUGGUUUUGGAAUAUGUUCUGAACCAAAGAAAGGUUAAUCACUUUCAUCUAGUAAAAGUCAAUCUUUCUGGACAAAACUAUUUGACAGCUAUACUAACAGUACAAUUUCUUUCUUAAUUAAAGUGAAAAUUCAAAAAGAGAAAUUCACACUAUCAAGCACUAGGCCACUUUAUAUACAUAUCAAGGGUUUCAAGACAAUUUAUGGCUUUCUAAAGGACUUUUCUCAUUGAAUUAGUUGAAAAUAGAAAUCUUGUUAAUGCCAUGAUGUAGUUUAUCAUGUGAUGGGCUCUGUAAUAUCCCAAAGCUUCUUGAGCAGCAACACUCCUCAUUUCCUUCCACCAGUGACCUUGACUGCUUCAGCAUUCCAAGUAAAGAUGAUAUUUGUAAUUUUAUAAAUGUAUUUUUAUACUGUUUUUCUAUGUGUACAUAUAGCUGUAGUUCAAAAGACAAAUCUUGACACUGGCCAUUGUCUUUAAGAACCAAGAAUGUGCAAUUUUUCUUCAAGAUGGUAGCUAUGUUUUUAUAACUGAAGCAUAUAUGUUGUUAGAAUUAUCAGUUACAGUGGCUCACAGCUAAUGUAAUCAAUAGCCAGUUUUGUUUCAACUCCUGUUAAGCCAAAAUGUAUAUAUUAUGCUUAUUUUAAAUAUGAGAAAUAAAAAUUAUAACCUCUUGUCUUUUGGAGAAACCCUA